AUGAACAAAAACGGAACCGCUAAAAUGAAUGAUAAUCAAAUUAGAGCAGAAGGUAGAAGGUUAUUUAAACGCUUCUAUAACAUUCCUGAUGGUGUUAAUCCUAAAACUCGUAGAAGCUAUUUAAAUGAAGCAAUAGAUGCAUAUGAGGGGUUUGACAUUUCAUCAGAAAGUGAGAGAUUAGCGAGAAUGUUAAAUGUUAAUAUUGAUUUCUAUUAUUGUGAUCCUCAACCAGAAGACGUGGACAUAAAUAAGGUAGACUUUCCAUUAGUGGAAUCAAUAAUGAUAGAUCCAGAAUUUGAAACAGUAAAUAUUUUAUUAACACAGAGUCCAUGUGGAAAACUUCACGCUGACAGAAUAACAGACGUUGAAGCACUCACGGGAUAUAAAGUUUGCCCCUUUUGCAAAGAAGAAGUAUAUUCUAUCCGUGAUGAUCCAGAAAGGAAAAACCAAAGAAGAUUUUUAAAGCAUUGUGAGAAAUGUAAAGAAAAUAAUGGAAGAUUAAUUCAAGACGUUCAGUUGCAAAAGACCCAGCAACCAUAUGCACCACAUAUUACGAAACAGAAGAUAUAUCAGUGGUUAUUAGCUCACAAUUUGCAGAAAUAUUAUAAACCGACAAGAUAUUAUAUUACUUUUGACUUCGAAACAUUAGAGACUAAAGAAGAAUUACAACUUUCUGAGUGUGCAACUUUGAACGCUUACUUAAAACCAUUCAUGGUAUCAUCAACGGUUAAAUUAAACGAUAAAACAUAUACGAGGAAUUUUUGCUUAACUUCGAGUGAUUCUUUUAUUUCUGAUUGGAUUGAGUUUUUAUUUUCAACCUGUUCAUUAGUUGCUAAAUCAAAUAUUGAACAAUACAAUGAAUUAUUGAAGUCGCAAACGGUGGGGACUUUGUCUCAUACAUUAAAUGAAAAACAGAAGGAAGCAUUUAAAGAACUUCUAGAUGAGGAAUUCAAUAAAGUGAAUAUCAUAGGUUUUAAUUCGGGAAAGUUUGAUUUAAAUUUAAUUCUUCAUGAUUUAAACACUGUAAAGUGGAAAAUAAAAUCAAUGCUGGGUUCAUCUUCACAAUUUAAGCAAAUCAUUGUAAAGAAAACAAACGUUCCAUAUGAAUUGAGAUUUAUUGACAUCAGAAAUUAUAUAGCGGGUGGGACAUUAGACCAAUUCACUCAAGAUUUCGGAAACAAUAAAUCACGUGUUAAAUCCUUUUUCCCUUAUCAAUUCAUCACGUGGGAGAAUUACGAAGAAGAAUUAUAUAAAGGAACCAUUCACGAAAGAUUCAUUUUAUUCAGCAUUAACCAAGAAACUAUAUCAGAUAGUGAUUAUCAAAUAUAUCUCAAUGAUGCUAAAAAUUUUAAGAAUAGAUUAGAAUAUUUUAUUCAUUAUUGCAAUAAAGAUGUUGAAAUUAUGAUUGACCCAAUUGAUAAAAUUAUUGAAGAAACAUUUGUUUAUAAAAUUGACAUGCUUCAUAAUCUUUCUUUAUCAUCGAAUGCUUCAAUGAUUCGUUACGCUUUAGCAUAUAAAGACUUUAAUCCUAAUGAAAAAUAUCCUGAGGAAGAGAUAGAAUCAA